AAAAUAACAGUCACCGGUCUGGAUCGGUGAGACGAUUUUCGUCAGCUGAUUCCAAGCGUUUGGUUUUUGUGGAAAAUAAAUAGAAAAGAAAAACGUUAAAAAGACUUGAAAUGGAGGAUCCUGAGACAAAUGGUAAAGAGUCAUCAGAUGACGAUGUUGAUUUAAGUUCUCCAGAAUCUUCACCAUCCAGACUGUCUGCAGUACCGUUCCAUCCGCUGUACAGAAUUACAGUCCCUGAUGCUGUGAAAAAUGGAGAUGUUUUACAGUUUACCAUCAAAGUGUACAAGUGGGAUGAAGAUGUUGAAGUCAGUGAGAUAUUGAGGGUAUAUGGAGAUAUAGAAUGGUUACAUCACAACAUCAUUACACAAAACAAUAUUGAUGGCCUUAUUGUCCCACCCCUUCCUCACAGUCCGGAGGUUGAUGCCAAAUCUGCUGAGUCGAAAUCAAAGAAACAACUGGGUAAUGAUUCAAGAAUUGUCAUUCCAGAUGAGUUUUCAAGGGAUUGUAGACAAAUAGAAAAAUAUUUGAGACUGAUGCUUAGUCAUGAAACAUUUGGAAAGGAUAAAAGCCUUGCAAACUUUCUAUGUGAAAAAGACGCACCUGUGAAGACAAAAGUUAAUCAGGGGUUCUUCAGUCGUAUGUCUUCUGCUGUUGAGACUGCUAGAAAAGGACAUCACAGAGACAUUGACGAAUUCUUUACCAAAAAAAGAGAAUGGUGUACAGCUUUCUCAAAAGCUAUUAAAGACAUGUCAAAUGAUUUCAACAGAAUGGUGAAUGCUCAACACAGACUAGGGACCAGCUAUGCUCAUACGUCAACAACUUUACAACUUGGUGGUGUCAACAGAGAUCUAACAAGUCUUACCAUAAACAGGUACCUGACAACAUUAUCAGAUGCCACUGAAAAUACAAAGCAUGGGUUAGAGGUGUUGUGUAGAAAUGAUGAAAAAACACUGGGAUUUCAACUAGAUCUUUAUGCCAGAUAUGCUGAUUCUAUAAGGGACAUGCUGUUUAGAAGAACAUGUUUACUGGUAGACUAUGAAGAUGCUAACAAAGCCUUAGACAAAGCCAAACCAGCUAAAAGAAAAGCCGCAGAAGAGGCUAAGCACGCUGCAGAAACAAAAUAUGAAAUGUGUUGUGAUAAUGCAAGAAGAGAACUGAAGAUGUUUCUCCAAGCAAGAAUGUUAGCCUAUCAGGAUGGACUUGUUGCCUUUGCAGAGUCUCAGAUAAAGACGGCACGUGACACAUAUACUUUACUAGCCAAAACAAUGACUAUGUUAAAACAAACAGAGGAAUAAUGCCUCAAUUAAACUUAUAUAAAUUACUUAAAUUGUGCAAUUGGCUUCUAGUCAAAACAUCCCUAGAUGGAUAAUGAUAAAACAGUGAUGGUUGAACAGAAAACUGCCUUAAAACCAAAAUCCAAUCAUUUAUGUCUUGAGAAAUGUACUGGAGUUCAUGUCUGGUUUAAUCCAGAAAUUUUAUCACCACAAAACACUAAACUUCCCAUUUGAAUCUAUCAGUUUAUGUCCUGGCGAAAAUGCUGUUUGGGUUGAAAUUGUUAUUUUCAUGUCAUAGGAAUUAAAUGAUUUCACAGUACGUAGUCAUGGAUUAUUUAAAUGUUUGCUGGGAUAUUGCUGUUUCCGUAUGGUUAAAUGAUAGACUUCAGUCAUGAUAUAUUGUAAUAGGUACAUAAAUAAUAGUAUUUUGCCACUUAAUCUGUCUACUAAUCAUGAUUAAUGGUCCAUGACAUAAUCGUCAACAAAAUUUUCAUCACUGGCAAGUUUUAACAUUGUAAUAUUGCCACAAAAAUAAAUUGAGGAAAAUCAUGACCCUUAACCUGAGUCUGCCAUACUUGGCACUACCUACGGGUGUCUUCUUAUAGUUAAUGGAAGUUGUAAAUCUUCUCUCUGCAGAAAUUAUUUUUGUUAUAUGUUUAAUUCAUUCAUGAUUUUCUUGUGUAUUAUUCACCUAGCGAUGUUCUGGAAAGAAAGCCUUGUUUCAUCUUUUAACAUUCCAGUCACCUUUCUGUCAUACAUUAUACAGAAUUUAUACAAACUAUUUUAUCCUUUUAUUUGAUAUACAUUUAUACACAAAUUACCCAUUUAUUCUUGCACCUUUAAAAAUGCUAAAAUCAGUUGUUACUGCAGUUGAUUCCGAGCUUACUUUAGACUUUCUGCCUUUUAUGAUUGAUACACAGAUAAAGAAUUUUGAAGUAUUUUAGUUGGUUUGCAGAUUAAUUAUUUUCAUUCUUAUAUUACCCAGUUUGUUUUCCUGUAAAACAGAGGAGACUGGAAGUGUGAUAAUUAUUCUGCGAUAAAAUCACUGUUUGUACAUUACUGUUACGCUGUCAAAAUGGCGAGCUGAAAAUAAAUGUAACAUAAAACAUGAACCAUAAGAAAUUUGGUGGAAGUGUUCAAGGAUGUAGGUUGUAAUUCUUGAUAUUCACAGUUGUUUUAGGAUCUUACUAAUAUAUCUUGGAGAUCUUCUCUGGAAUAAAACAAUGGUUGUUCAGAUUUGUAUUGUUAUUACAUGUACAUACUCAUUUCUGUUAUCUGUUACAUGUAAGUUACAAUGGUACCGAAAACGUCAAUACUUUUCCAUACACUCAACGCCUGAAUUUCAUUUGGGUGCAUGACAUAUUUCGAUGUGUCGUUGUAUUAAUUCUUUAUUUAGUUCAGUAUUGUCUAUCUUAUUCAGGCUAUUGUCAGCAGAACAAAUUCAUAAUUUUUACAUUACAUUUGUACGUGUAGAUGCGUAUGUAAUAAAAAGGUUAUUAUCUUUGCAUCGGGAAAUAUGCACUCAUUCUUUAGUGGAAGAAUAUUGUGCUCCUAAAGUCACGCAGUAUUUCCGCUGCAGAACUUGUGCAUAUUUCCCGAUACAAAGCUAAUAACCUAUAAUUAUAUAACUCAAGCUGUGCCCUUGUUUUAUAACUAUUGUUUGUGAACUCCAAAGAAUUACUUUAUCAAUUUCACUGUUUUGGAUAUAUUAUUGCUUGAUUAAUCACUGUUAUUGUGACUUAAUGUGUAGGAACUGUAGAAUGUUACUUGUUACAGUUCAGUGCCAAAAUAUCAAACAAAGAAAAUUCUAAGUUAAUUCUUAAAACUUAGAUUUUAAAAAAUGUUAAGAACCUUCUACUGACCAGUGGACUGAAUUCAGCUCAAAGGUUAACCCUUAGCCUGCUGGUGGCAAGUGAUUCUGCCUUUGCGACCAGUGCAGACCAAGAUCAGCCUGCACAUCAAUGAACUCAUUUAUUCAAAAUUUCCUGCCAUCUCAAAGACAUAUUCAAGUCCUGUCCCAAAAACAUGUGCACAAAAUGUCAUUUUGAGUACAAUUUCAGUUAUCUUGAAGUAAAAUGCUUGAUCCCUUUGAAUUUGAGAUACCGACUUUCAACUGUAUUUUGAUACUGACCAGAAACAAGUUAGCUAUCUCAGAAAAUGUUUUUGUUUUUUUUAUCUUGUUCAAGACUUCCAUCAAAUCUUCUAUUAAAAAGUUCAUUCUAGUUCAUUUUCUUUUAAAAUGUGUUUUUCUUUUUAAUGUAUACAUUGUAAUUUUUUUUUUUAGUCUGGUCACCUUCAUAAAUUUUAUGCUCAUUUGUCUCAGAAAUCAUGUCGUAUUUUAUGUUUUAUACCGGUAUUAUUGUUCAGGUACAUUGUAGCAAGUAAGACCUAGUGUAUACAACAGCCAGUUAAUUUUACAAAACUUAUUAGUGACAACAUCAAUACCUCUGCAAAUAUUUCACCCUGAAGUUACAAUGCUUUGUUUAGUUUUUCAUCAUUAGCUUAAUGUUUCUUGUAAGUAAGAUUUUAGUUACUUGCAGACAAAAUUUUUAUACAGUGUCUCAUUUAUGGUGCUGCUCCUUGACCUUUGGGGUAGUUUGGUGGCACCUAAAACUACUUGUAGGUCACAAGUUUUAUCUCUGAUCAAAAAUUAUUUUUCUCUUAAGACAGUUUGACAAAAGAUGUCAUGUCUGAAAUUAUUCAACCUCCUACAUGUGAAAGGAUCUUGUGAGCUGCAGGUUAUUCUUGUGUGAAACACUGUAAAAGCAGAAAUUUUUACGAGGGUUAAAUUUCGCUAUAUUCGCAAGGCCCUACAUAUCGCAAAAAUUAAUCCUCUCAUAAAUAUUCACCAUUAGUAUAAAUCAAAUUCAAGUAGGAUACCAUUUUUACAAAUUCGCGAAAAUAUCGAACCUCGCGAACAUACUCAAAAUUUCAUAUUCACAAAAUUUUGGUGCAGCGAAAAUAUGUGCUUUUACAGUAUAACCAGCAUGCACAGUAGAAAUAUAACUUACGAAAGGCAAUGAAUCCAACAAAAUAUAUUUAAACAAUGGUUGUUAUGAUAACCUUAAUUUCCGGGGUGUUCUUGGAUAGUUCUACAAGAUUUUUAGCUCACCUGAGCACGAAGUGCUCAAGGUGAGCUUUUGUGAUCGCCCUGUGUCCGUUGUCGGUCCGUCCGUCGUCAACAAUUUGACUGUUAACACUCUAGAGGUCACAAUUUUGGCCCAAUCUUUAUGAAACUUGGUCAGAAUAUUACCCUCAAUAAAAUCUUGGACGAGUUUUAUAUUUGGUCACCAGGUCAAAUCAAAGGAAAAGCUUGUUAAUACUCUAGAGGUCACAAUUUUGGCACAAUCUUAAUGAAACUUGGUCAGAAUGUUACCCUCAAUAAAAUCUUGGUCGAUUUCGAUACUGGGUUAUCUAGGGUCAAAAACUAGGUCACCAGGUCAAAUCAAAGGAAAAGCUUGUUAACACUGUAGAAGCCACAUUUAUGAUUAUAUCUUCAUGAAACUUGGUCAGAAUGUUAAUCUUGAUGAUUUUAAGGUCCAGUUUUAAUCUGGGUCAGGUAGGAUCAAAAACUAGGUCACCAGGUCAAAUCAGAGGAAAAGCUUGUUAACACUCUAGAGGUCACAUUUAUGACCAUGUCUUUAUGAAACUUGGUCAGAAUGUUAAUCUUGAUGAUCUUUAGGUCAAGUUCAAAUCUGGGUCAGGUGGGGUCAAAAACUAGGUCACUAGGGCAAAUCAAAGGAAAAGCUUGUUAACACUCUAGGCCACAUUUAUGACUGUAUCUUCAUGAAACUUGGUCAGAAUGUUAAUCUUGAUGAUUUUUAGGUCAAGUUCAAAUCUGGGUCAGGUGGGGUCAAAAACUAGGUCACUAGGGCAAAUCAAUGGAAAAGCUUGUUAACACUCUAGGCCACAUUUAUGACCAUAUCUUAAUGAAACUUGGUCAGAAUGUUAAUCUUGAUGAUCUUUCGGCCAAUAGGUCAGGUGAGCGAUACAGUGCCUUCAUGGCCCUCUUGUUAAUUUUGCCGGAAUACUCCUGCAGGUAGUUGAAAGCUCGAACGCCAGUAUUUUGAAAAGUUUCGUUCAACCAUUUUCCUAAAUAUUUUGAAACUUUUUUCUUGUUAAUGCAGGUUAUAGCUAGGGUGGAUGAUUCUUAUGUAAAGAUAAAACUUUUCUGCAAGAAACACAAGAAAUUAUACUACUCAAUUUACUUAUUGUAUACAUUUUAUUUUUCAGUCAAUUUCAGGAAAUCUGCAGUGUUGUUAUUUCUGAUAAAAGUUGUGAACAAGAGGAAAACUGAUACAUUAAUGAUUAUGUAUAAACAAAUUUUUUAAUGGUGCUUGUAUAUUAUAUGGCAAAUAUAUAUAAAUAUACAGUAAGUUAUUUUCCAGGUUAGCCAAAACAUGUUAUCCUCAUAUAGAUAUACUAUAUAUUUAGAAUGUUGUACACUGAAAUCUAAUGACAGACCUUUUAAAAUCAAUUUUAACUAAAAGCAUUUAAAUAGAAAUUUAGGAAUUGCAUGUAGCGUUCACUUGAAAAUAAAUAUAUACAGUAUCCUAAGCCUGUAGUCACCAAAGCAUGAAAUUCACAUUUUAGAUUUUAAAAAUGUCACUUUUUAAGUUUUCAUUCUGGUGGAACUUGAUGGAAUAAUUUUUUUUCUUCUGCAAACAUUUCUUUGAACCUGAAUUAUUGACCAGCAAAUGCUGUAAACUGGUCAUUUUGCCAAAAAAUGCGCCAUUACCAAAAUGAGUUAUGUAUUUAUGGCAUUCAUCAGAUUAUGUGCAAUAUUUUUUGGCUCUACCGAGGUAUGUGACCCAUACUGACAGUUGGCCAUUUCCAUUAGAUUCCAAAUCUGCUUAUGCUAUUUCAGCAUUCUCCAGAUGGUACAAGGUCAUGUGCUCGUAUAAUCCACUUUUUAAAUGACUAAGAAGUCUUAUACCAGAGUAUGUAAUCGAACAGAGAUUGCCAGUCAUUACCUUAACACCUUAGUUAAGGUAGUGGAUAACCUUCCCUUAACACUUUAGUUAAGGUAGUGGAUAACCUUCCCUUAACACUUUAGUUAAGGUAGUAGGUAACCUUCCUUUAGCACUCAAGGUAGUGGACAACCUUCCGUUAACACUUCAUUUAAGGUAUUGGACCUAUAAUGGCAAUUGGUGAUUUCUGUUCAAUUAGUGUUUUCUGUAUAUGAUUUCGGCAUGCUCUGGUUCUUUCGGAAAUCAAUGCUCAUACAAGUGCCAAAAUAACAAAUAUGAAUUUCCAUUAAAUUAUGUAUUCUCUGUAUAUGGUUGCGGCAUUCUGUGGCUGUUACAGAUACCAUUGCUUAUACGGGUUACAUUUACAGCCAAAGAAUGCUGAAAUAACAGAGGAGAAUACGAAAGUUCACCAAAAUGACCAGUGUGUCAUUACGGGUCCGCUACCUAAAUGACAGGUUAAAUAUUUAGUAACUAUGCUGUUUAUAUGUAUACAAAAUGUAUACGUAUAUAGUGGACAUUUUUUUUAGAUUAAAUUAGUAUUUAUACAUUUUUAUCAGAUAUAUUAUUAUUGAUUUAUAUAUUGUUGAUUAUAAGUAAACAAUAAACUGUUAAUUAUU